ACGUUUGACGUCAUCACGCAUCACUCGCACGUGAGAGCAGGAAAUGCGGUGCCGGAUGUUUGGAGGGAAGAUGGCCGCGACGCUUCCGGUGAAGAUUGGGAUCAUUGGUGGUUCUGGUCUUGAUGAUCCUGACAUUCUGGAGGGCCGAACUGAGCGCUAUGUGGAGACGCCGUUUGGAAAGCCAUCCGACGCUCUGAUUCUGGGCAAGAUCCGAGAUGUGGAGUGUGUGCUUCUUGCCAGGCAUGGCAGGAAACACUCCAUCAUGCCAUCUAACGUGAAUUAUCGUGCGAAUAUCUGGGCUCUGAAGGAGGAGAAGUGUACUCACAUCCUCGCCACCACAGCGUGCGGCUCAAUGAAAGAGGACAUCAAACCAGGGGACAUUGUCCUCAUCGACCAGUUCAUUGACAGGACAACUAAGAGAGCUCAGACCCUUUAUGAUGGAGAACUCAGCAGUCCUCCUGGUGUGAGUCACAUUCCCAUGGCAGAACCCUUCUGCUCCAGAACCAGAGAGGUCCUGAGUGAGGCAGUGAGGUCUCUCGGUGUGUCUUUCCAUGAGAGUGGUACAAUGAUAUGUAUUGAGGGUCCACGGUUCUCCUCACGUGCUGAGGCUUUGAUGUUUCGUCAGUGGGGUGCUGAUGUCAUCAACAUGACCACUGUCCCUGAGGUGGUACUCGCCAAGGAGGCGGGGCUCUGCUAUGCCGCUGUUGCCAUGGUAACGGACACUGAUUGCUGGAAGGAGCACGCAGAAGAGGUGAGUGUGGACAAAGUAAUGAAAACCAUGAAAGAAAACGCAAACAAAGCGAGCAGUAUCUUACUGACUGCCAUCCCACUGAUCAGCCAACAGAACUGGGAGGAGACACUCAGCCAGCACCAGGCGAUGGCUCUCUCCUCCGUGAUGGUGCCCAAAAACUGAACCUCCUGAUGAUGGACACACACUGCACUCUUCUGUAAUGAGUAAAGGGUUUGAUCAUAUUUUAGCAACAACAAAAAGGGCAUUUCGCAUUUUACACACACACACACACACACACACACACACACACACCAAUUAAGAUGCAUUCACACUCACAAGUGACAAAUGGUGUGUUACAUUCACUUUUAUAGCAGAGAAAUAAAAAAAUCCUGUAAAUGAUUUAAUGUAAUUUACAGUAAAUAUCAGCUUGAAAAAUAAAA